CUUUCUACAGUAUUUAGAUCAAAGAUAAAUCUCCAUUUUCUUUUAUAUAUGCAGGUCGUUAUUCGACGGCUUCCUCCUUGUCUAACUAAGGAGCAACUGGAGGAACAGCUACAUCCUCUACCUGCCCAUGAUUAUUUUGAGUUUUGCACUGCUGAUCCCAGCCUUUAUCCUCAUCUCUACUCAAGAGCAUACAUUAACUUUAGAAAUCCUGAGGACAUCCUUCUUUUUAGAGAUCGCUUUGAUGGCUAUGUCUUCAUUGAUAAUAAAGGUUUGGAGUAUCCUGCAGUGGUUGAAUUUGCUCCAUUCCAGAAGAUUUCAAAAAAGAAGCUGAAGAAGAAAGAUGCCAAAGCCGGGAGCAUUGAAGACGAUCCAGAAUAUAGGAAAUUUUUAGAGAGUUACUGUGCUGAUGAAGAGAAAAUCUGUGCCAAUCCUGAGAUUCUUUUGGGAGAGAUUGAGGCCAAAACAAGGGAACUCAUUGCUAGAAGAACAACACCCCUUUUGGAAUAUAUUAAAAAUAGAAAAUUAGAAAAGCAGAGAAUACGAGAAGAGAAAAGAGAAGAACGAAGGCGAAGAGAAUUGGAGAAGAAGCGUCUGCGGGAGGAAGAGAAAAGGAAGCGCAGAGAAGAAGAAAGACGUAAAAGAAAAGAAGUGGAGAAGCAAAGGAAGAUUUCUGAAAAAGAAAUAAGGAUCAAGCUUCUUAAGAAGCCUGAAAAAGGAGAUGAGCUGGCCAAUGAAAAGCACAAAGAAAAAGGUGAAGAAGCUGACACUGAAGAAAGCAAAUGGGAUAAAUCACCUGGAUCUGGGAGUAUAAAAUCCAAAUCAUUGGAGGGUUCACUAAAAGAACUUAAGGAAAAGUCACAAAAUGAUAGUGACAAAGAGCAAAGAGAUUUGGAGAGAAGAUUUCGAGAAAAAGAACCUGAAAGACAAAGGACCGCCCAGCCAUGCAGUUAUACCAGCCAGGAGCUCGCAUUCGAACGCAUACGGCAUCUACAAGUAAAACCUAUGACUGCAGCGGGAAAUCCUUUGAAGAUGCUCUUGAUAAAAAGUAUGAGGCAGAUAGUUCAGCUGGAGGUGGUUCUGAGAAGAGCGAAGAAGCAGAAUAAAAUGAACUGGGGAAAGGACUUGUGAAAAGGGAUGAACUUCAGAUUCAGCGUCAUCACAAAAAAUCCAUAGGGCUGUUUCAGAACUCCACAGGUGAUUGCACCAACAAAAUGGUGAUAGCUCUGCCUCUUCCUGUCUGUAAAAUAAAGGGGCGAGUGACUGGAGACGUAUAGAGUACCUUACAGCAAAGGAAUAUAGUGGCUUUUUUACAAAAAGCAGAGCAAACACCAUUUGCCUAAUUUAAAAGCGGUUCAAUAUUUUAUUAGAUUUACCUUGAAAUAGGAAACCUCUAAUAGUUUUAAAGGAGUAUUUAUAUAAGACUUUCCAGAAGCUGUUUCACCUUUCCAAGUCUGAAGGAAUGAAAUGUAGAUUUGCAUCAGUUUGAAAUCUGAGGCACUUUAAAUGUAUUCGGUGCAUGACGUGGGGGUGACGGGACCCCUUCCUGCAAACGGCAGCGGCAGGGGCUGCUGCGGGGCGUUGCAGUCGGACUCGGUGGGGCCGGCCCUGGGAGAAGCUCUGGGGCCAGUGGUGUUUGCAGGAGGAGGCCCACGGUUUGCACAGUUGUGAGGACUGUCCGUCGGUAUCUGUACCUCAUGGUGUUUACGUUGUUCUCCAGUUAACUAUAGUGUCAGAUAAGUGUUAGUAAAGCUACAAGGAUGUUGUUAGAGAGUUCGUCAUUUUCUGAGCCACUUCUGCCUUUUAUGUUUUAAUAGACUCCUGUGCUUAAAACAGAAGAAAGCUAACACAAACCUCAGCACUUAAACGAUCUAUCUGGUUUUAAUGAAUUAGCUGUUUUUAUGGUUUUGACACUGACUUUUAAAACAAAAAAGUGGUUGUACAGUGAUGACUUUUUAUAUGCUAAUGUUUUCAUAUAAGUUGCAGUUGCAGGAUGUGGAAAAUGUAUGAUAGAGGAACGUUCUGCAGUUCUACUUGUUAAAAAAAUAAACACACAUGAAUGUCAACUACCGUUUUGUAAGAUCUAGGCCAAAUUCUGCCAUCUGAUGCAGGCACAUAUGUACAUACGUGUGUGUGUGUGUGUGUAUAUAUAUAUAUCUUCCAUUGGUUUCAAUGAUAGCCGCGUGUUUACGGAAGGGCAGAACACGUUCAUUUGUCUUUCAUGGCUGAAAAUUUCUCGGUUGUCUGAAACUGAGACCUGCUUUGUCAUUGAAGUUAAAUAGUAAGAUAUUAAUUUAUUUUUACAUCCUCUUUGAACAUUUUAUUAUUAAGCAUAACAUCUAAUUGUUCUAAACUGAAAAAUUAUUUAUUGUAUUUUCCCAGAUAUUAAGCAUUACAUAGAAUAAAAGCAAAAAGAUUUUGACUA